AUGCUGGAAUUAAGGUUCGAUUCAAUCCUCCAGUAUUUGACAAUGUUGCUCAUUUCUUUCGUAGACAACAUUUUUAGCGAAGAAGCAAAAUCUUUACAAAUUCCACCUCAAAAGCAAUGCUUCCCUGAAGGCUGUUUUCGACUCCACACUUUUCAAAUUGUCAACUUUCAAAAGCCUGAAACUUUUACAGUGAACCCGUUAGGGCCAAACUUGUUACUUUUAAACAUUGCCAAUUUUGAUUUGAAUAUUGAGAGUUUAUUGAGUGGAAAUAUUCAAUUAUUAUUAUUUACGCCAAUGCCUGUUUCUGGUAAUUUUUAUGUGGAUGCGCAAGAACUUUCAAUUAAAGCUUUGUUGGGGUUACAGAAGGAUGGAAAAAAGGUUUUUAUUUUUAAAAUUAAUUUUAAGGGUUUCUAG